UAAAAAUGGCAACGAACUACGCAAAGUAUUCGCAAUUAGUAAAGGCGUCAACGAACUAUGCGCGCCGUAUGCAACGCUUAUCAAAUAGGAUCUUUGGUGAAGUAGCCAUACCUACUAAUUCGAAAUCUAUGAAGGUUGUUAAAAUGUUUUCGGAGCGGCCUUUGCACAGUAAUGAAGAGAUCAUUCACUACUACCCACGACACGUCGAGACUCAUUCCUUAAUGCUAAAGCUGCGCGAGUACGGCUUGUUCCGAGACGAGCACCAGGACUUUAAGGAUGAGAUGAAGAGGUUGCGCGAGCUGCGGGGAAAAGUUAAAGUAUGGCGAAGGAAGAUGGACAGCAAAAGUGAAUAAAUGGACAGCUUUGGUCACAACUGUGUGCCUGUAAUUGUAAAUCACUGUAGCUUUUUAGGAACCAGAUAUUCUUCUUAGUAUUAAUGUAAUAAACUCUAUAUUAUAAUAGCACAAUAAAUUGUGGGUCCCAGCUGUUA